AUGUGUGAAAAUGUCAUUAUAAACGUCAGCAAUAGGGAUUUAAAUACGUGUACGUCAACUUUUGUUUACUCAAUUUCAAUAAUGGCACUAAACGGUGAUAGAUUCCAAAUUCGGAUAGUAAAAGAUAAAUUCGAAGCUUCAUUAGUUAAUGAAGACGAUGUAAAAUUAGCAGAAUACUUAGAUAGCUUCGAGGAACUGAACAAAUUUUUUACGUUAAUGGGAACGGUAUUUGGAUUUGUAAGCAAAGAUCUGAAAGCUAAAAUCGAAAUACUAAAAAAAUUCCAUGAAGAAUCUAAAGAAAACUUUAGUAGUGUUAGAACUAUGAUUGAAUACGAAAAGAACAAUGAAUUAUUGAAUAAAAAAGGAUACGUUUCUGGUGCUAGGACCUUACUCAGACUACACAGAGGGCUGGAUUUUAUUAGGUUAUUUUUGGACAAACUAGGAAACCUCAAGAACGAAGAAAAUGCGUCUAGUAUUUGUAGGGAAGCUUAUGAUCAAACCUUAUCGAAACAUCAUCCGUUUAUUAUUAGAAAAGGUGCGCAAGUAGCCAUAUAUGCUUUACCUACAAGGGCAGUAUUACUUCAAAGGGUAUGUGGGGAUGAAGAAACAAUACAAGAAGCGAUCUCUUUACUACCAAAAACUUUAGAAAUAACUUCACUCGUAUUUAACCGACUGGAAAAUUUGUAUACCAUUUAUGAUCUCCAUGAACUUCCCUAAAUAGAUAUUAUUAUUUAUAAAUAACCAGUAUUUAACGUUAUAAACAAUUUUAUUUCGUGAUAUAUAACUUAAAAUUUGUUCUGGCAACUAUAGUUUUUGAAAUAUUUCAAUUUAAUAAAAGAUUUUUAUUAUCUUUCAGCUUUAUAACAUUCCAAUUUUUAAUAUCAGCUCUAAUUUCAGUUUAAUUUUUAAUGUUCACUGUAAAGAUUUAUCAAUUUUCUAUCGAAAUAAUUCAUGAGAUCCGUUUGUUAUCAAAAAUAAUUUCUCCUGUGUCUAAAUUUAUUUCCACUUCUGUCAACCAUAGAUAAAUCAAAAGUGAUUAGUAAAAGAAGUGUACUGUUAAUAGAAUAGAAGUGGAUUGUUUUUAAGUUUGUAAAUCUAUAGAUUCCUGAUUGAUCUGAUGGCAUUUUUGACAUAUGAUUGAACAGUUGUUAAUUGUUUAAAUUGUAAACCAUUUUGUUAUUUCCUUUGUUUUUGUUUUAUUAAAAUAUAUAUAAAAAGUUCUUUGAGAAGAGACUGAAAUACUAAUUCAAAUAGGUCUUUUUGUAUUAUUAAUUAAACUUAUUAAGUGAUUUUCCAUUCAAUUUUGUGAGUCAGAUCAAAAGUUUUAGUGCUUGUUUUUCAAUUCUUGUUUUAUUUCGUGGUAACCACUAUCACCACCGAAAUAAGGGAAUAUCUCGUUGUGAGUAUUAUUUAUGUGUAAUAUUUUCAAUAACUCUGCCAUUUACAAUAAAGUGUAUACGGAAAGUAAACCAUUUUGAAAUUAAAAUUUCAUUACUUCGUCGGCUCAAGUCGUAAACCACGUAAUUUCGUUUUUUCUAUAUCUAUACCAUUAGAUAGAUCAUUUCUGAAUCUGGCACAAAAUUUUUUAUCUUGGACCUUUCAAUUCUUUAACUAAAAAAAAACAAGUUUUCAUCCAAUUUUUUUCAUCAUUAAGUUUAUUGUGUAUAUAAUUUGGUGCUACGAAAUUUGGGACUUAGCCGACGAUUUUCAUUUUAUAUUCACUUCUACUACAAAUAUGUUAUUAAAAGUGGCAUUUAAUGAAAGUUUGAUAUUCAAUUUAACCAAUAUGCCGACGCUAACCUCACCAUUCAAAAUGUCGUUAACUUCCUGUAUAACCCUCGUAAUAAUGAUUUUAUAUAUAAAUAAAACACAAACGAAACUGUUAUAAUAUAUUUUAACCACUGUAUAAUAAAAACAUAUAUAAAAAUAGUAGCUAU